AUGACGGGGCGGCUGUCAGUUUCUGUCCUCGUUAUAGUGGCCUGCAUUAUGUGUCUCUUAUCUACCAUUAGCAUUUACCGCGCGUUCAACAGUGUUGAGGUUAGGUCCUGUUGCUAUCUUAAUGAAUUUACGUAUUUCCGUAAGUCCUUCAGGUGGAAAUCUGGGAGACUUGGCUCUUCUUAUGCUCUGAAUUAAUUUGCACUGCCUAUUGCUUUAUCUCCUGUGUCUAUUUCGGGUGAAAGUGUGAAAGAUUGAAAAAAUUGUGGGUAAGUGUGUGGAGUGUGGGUUCUUGGAGUCAUAAAGGGCUUACUGUGUGCCUGUAAUCCUAUCUUGAAAUGCAAAUAGAGACCAACGUACACAAAUCUUUACAGUGAUGGAAAAUGGAAGAGAUCUGGUUAUCUUAUUGCAUAAUCUUGGUGAUGUAAGUGUAUGAGGUUGGUUUAGGAGAAAACUCAUGAGCGACAAUAUCCAGCAUGUCCUCAGUGCAGGGCAAUUCAUGAGUUCUUGUCAGAUGCACCAAUUUUCUUGCGGAUGAUUACAUCCCAGCUUUUCAUCGCCAAUAUCUUUAUUUUUGAACAAAAUAUGGCCGCAAGAUUUCUAGUAACCUAUUGUCAUGAAGUUAAGCUGUACGAUCACUUGAGCUGCGUCAUUACUUGGUAGGCCAUGAAAUAGGUUCCCUCUUGAGAGGUUCUACCACUGCAGCCAAGAGUGUUACACGUGACUAUGCUACAGACUGUCCUCCCAGACAGGACUACACUAAAUCUGCAUGAUGUCAUGGAUAUAGUACUUGGUUGCCAGUUUUCAGUCGAAGGUGAUGACACGAUUUUAGGUUCACUUUUAUCUGAUUAUGGACAUAAGACUAAGCAUAAACCGAACCAAUAAUCAAAACAAUAUUGAUGUUCAUCACAUUUUCUAUGUGACCAUUAUUUUGCAUUUAUGUUUGAUCAUGUGAUUUCUUCUGAGCACCUGUAUGUCUAUCAAAAAAUAUGAUUUAAAAAUAGAAGAACUGGGCUUCAAUUCUGGUAUUGUUACAUCACUGAACUAUGCUAAUUACUAGUUCACAGCUAAAUUCAUCCUCAAUAAGAUUCCUCUUCAUUCUAUGCUUUAUAAUUUGAGGCAAUUAGUGAAAUGACUGGUAUCAAGCUCGAGUGAUUGCCAAAUUUCUUGAUCCAAUUAGAAAAAUGUGAUAGCCCUUCAAAUUUUCAAAUAUUCAUCGUUAACAUAGUAAGAGGGCUGAAUCAGAACUGAACAUUUCUUUUCCGAUUUUUUGGGCCUAGUUGUUGCAUCAUUUUGACAAUUAUUGGUUUUUGAACUGCUUGAAGAAAUUAUAAUUUCUAUUUGGAAGCAACCUAACUUGAGAAUGGUGUUUGUGGUCAGAGUAUCUGUUACAAAAAAAAAUCCUGCUUUCUGUUUCAUUGGAAAUGCACCUAUUCCAGUGUUGGAUAUUUUUUCAGUUAAAUUAUCAUAUCUUAAAGAAGUGGUACUGACAAGAUCUUCAGUAAAACAACUAAGUAUAUCCCUAGCUAGAUAUCUACUGUGAAUUGGCUUCCGCUUGAUUCAAUAUGAAUUGCAAAUGAAGAACUUCUUAUCAAAAAAAUAAGAUUUCUUGCUUUUCUUUUGCCAAUUGUACUCCUAUUUCACUCUGAAUAUGAGAACCUUGGGUAUAUAGCGUUUAUACCUAUUUGCAGUCUGUUGUCUAUUUUUUGUACUGUGCAUAAUAUAUUUUUCUAUUUUCUGGUUUCUAAAUCUCGCUUAUUUCUGUUUGGAAAUCAUUUUAGGAUUUGGAUUUGGAUAAGCUUUGGCAAACUGCUCCUUCUGGGGGUUGGAAACCUUCAUCUGCUCCAAGAUCAAACUGGCCUCGUAUGUGAAUUUUUCUGAAAGUGGAUGGUGCAUGCUUCCUGUCAUUUAUGUUGAAGAACUAUCUAUCUUUCGUUCUUUUUUCCAGCUCCCCCAGAAGAGACCAAUGGAUAUGUACGAGUUCGGUGCAAUGGUGGCUUAGUUCAACAGCGCAGUGCGGUAUGUUUAGCUGUUCAUAAUAAUUUACGCUCCUGAUGACCUUUUAGUUUAUCAGGCAGAUUUAUGAAACAGUAAAGCAUUUUUGCCUUUCUUUGUAAAUGUCACAAUUCAUUUGUUGUUGUUGACAACCUUUGUGGAAGUCACAUUUUCGUUAUUUUAGUUAUUUUUUCAAAAUGUAAAUUUCUCAAUUCAUUCGAUUAAAUUUGAAUAACAGGUAUACAAAUCAGGGAGAAAUGCCGUCCUGAUCAUAAAAUUUUUGUUUAGUAAAACUAAAACGUGUUCAUUUCAAUAAAUUCCUUCACUUACCCAUCUUCUGCAUGAGAGCCAGGUCAUUUAGGUUCCUCCUGCUCUCGUGCCAGUUAUUUAACUUUUUUUUCCUAUGCUAGAUUGUAUUGCUUUCUCAUCAUAUACGUCGCAGGACUUGGGUAUUAACAUAUGCUCUACAAGUUGCUGUCUUAUUUAACCCAAUAGGCGCUGUCCGAUUAUGUCACUAGUUAAAGUGGGGCCUGAGUUUUAGACAUCUAAUUUGAAGGCAUUUGCAACCAGCCUCAGUGAAACACUCAUAAUGCCACAACUGAUAACCGCUACAAUUGGAAAAUUCACAGCAGUCACACUCAUGGAAGUGGUGGACUUCUCCUGCUUUUUAUUGAAAGUUGUAAAGUUGAAAUGGCGAACCAACUAUUUCAGGCUUUCACAAAAUCUCAACUUUCUCUCAUUCCCUAUUGUAUUUGUGAUUGAUGCUUCUCCUACAGUUUAUGAUCAUAUACUUGGCAUUUAAUUAUUUCCCAUUAUUUGCCCGUACUACGAAAAUUUAAGGAAACCUGGAUGGUUCGAGGCAUCAAAUUUUCACUUUCUAGUCUUGCCGGCAAUUGGUUUCCUUAAAGUUCUUUUUCCCUCAUAUCUUCAAUUCAUUUUUUUAGUAAAGCUCUGUCUGACUUAGGAAUCCCAAGCGAUCCCAUUUUAUCCUCUUUUCUCUUUUUACUCUUAAAUCAAAGCCCUUCUCUUAUCUUUAGCUUAGGUGCUCCCUUGCCAUUUUGAUUAGAAACUUUCCAGAACUAAAGAUCUUCCCAUAGAUUGAAUCCUCUUUUCUAUCGUCUGUGGAAUUUUGAAAGCAUAUAGGGUUGUUAAUAACGACUUUGAUGGACUUUUCGCCAUCAGCCAACCAAAUGCUUUAUCAUUUUUCUGUGACCCUUUAUAAUUAUGAUCUUUAAUGAUAUUUUUUUCGUUGUAUCUUCAGUUGUGAGAAAUUCCGAAUGUUUUAGCCUCUAGGUUUUCCUGUCUAAGGAAUUCUUCAAAUGGUGAAUACUAUUUGGAAACAUUUGGCUGGAAGUGGCUAUUGUAUAUCUGUCACACUCUCUUUCCAUUUUCAAGUUGAAAUUGUCAGACAACAUCAGUUUAGAAAAAUAAGAAGCAGAGUAGUGUUUAGUAGGCUUGCCAUAUACUUCCAGGGGUGCUCAUAAAUUUACUGUAUUUCAUAUAUAAGUAUAAUUUAUCGGAAUAUAGAAAAGGCUUGGGUUUGCCACUUGUUAAAUCGUUUUUCUUCAAACCGCUGUGGUUGUUCUUGUGAGCUAAAUGAUAGUGCAUAAGAGUUCAGAAUAAGCACGGUUCGUAGGGGAAAUGGUAGAAAAAUCUCAUUUUGGGUACACUGAGUCUGUGACAUAGUGUACUACAUCUUGGUGUAGGCUUCGGUUCUUGUUUAUACAGAAAAUUUUGUAGAUUUUUUUCAAAUAAAAUAUUAAUGUGGGACCACCUGCUUUCUAAAAAGUUCGUGAAAGUAGAGAAAAAUUCAACCAUUAGAUUGGCUACUGUCAUCAGUUAGAUCAAUAAAUAUUAAGGAUACGUUACACUAAUCUUAGAGAUGAUGAAAAUCUACCAGCUGCCUUAAUCUCUUGUAGUCCUUGAUGUCCUAUCUGAUUCAUAGAUACUUCAAACUGCUAUUUAGCUUCAUUUGAGGACACUUUAAUUUCGAUGCUCUGAAAUAAACAGCAGACGAGGAAGAAGAGAAAAGGGGAUGGUGUUCACAUCGUGUAUUAUGCAUCCUCCGAGAAAGGUCCUUCAUCUACUUCUUCAAUCUCGGUCAUCUUCCCACUCCUUCAGUUUGGUUGUGCCACCUCUUGAGUGAGGAGAGUACCGAACCCCGAUUUCAAUCAUUAGACCCAAUGAAUACACGAAUUUUAUGCGUAUGCUUCACCCAAACAGGAUUAGGCUGAUUAUAUGCUCUUGCAGAGUUCAUGCUGUCAAAUUAAACCUCUUCCAGAGGGGAUUAGAUGACAGAGUAGUCGCACUAAACUAAUGGCGUUUAUACUACUGCCCCUCCAUACAAGUAAAAAAAUGUAUUGUUGAUGUACACGUCAGUAUGCAGCCAAACCAAGAAUAAAGACGCAAUUCGUUGGGGUGGUGGGGAAAUACAAAAAUGUGUUGAUGUAUUUGUUUUUUUUUUUUUUUUUUGAUACGACAAAGACGAUCUGAUAGACAAGUUUAGCUACACAACAAGCAUAUGUAGUUUAAGCUGCCAUAUGCAAGAUAUAUUUAAAUAAUCAAAAGUUUUUUUUCAAUGAGAAAUUUCAAUGAGAAAUUUCAGCUGUGGUUAAUGCUUGCUUUUUUCCCUGUGUGAGAAAAUAAAUAUGUUCUUUCUUUUCUCCAGAUAUGCAAUGCAGUUGUUGCUGCAAGAAUCAUGAAUGCUACACUGGUGUUACCUGAAUUAGAUACCAACGCAUUCUGGCAUGAUGACAGGUAUUCGUUCCUUUAUGUUAUUUGACUGUAUUAAGGCCAUUAAUCUUCCCUUUUUGGCGGAUGGGAAUUGCAAAAUCAUUUUCCCCCGAAGUGAGAAACGGUGUGGUCACUUCUACCUCUUGUUGAUAAGGAAUUCAUUUCUCAUCUCUUUCCUGUGGUGCAAACCACUGAAUCCGCGUUGUCCGCUGGUUUUUUUUCAGUAAGAGUGGUUUAAAGAGUUAAAAGCCUAUUGUUCUUAGAUAGACACCUUGCAAAGCCACGGAUAUGAUCGGCAAGAAUGUAAACGUUAGUUAUCGGCCAGUAACAGUAAUGAAAAAUUGACGGCAUGCUUGUAUCAGCUGGCGUAUGUGAGUAUCCAUUUGUGUUCAUUCAAGAACCUAGAAUGCAUAGCUUGCUAUAAUUCUGCAUUUCUUAGACUGCAAAGGGAACGAUGAGGAGUGUUUCUUGCUGAUUUGUUCUUGUUGGACAUUUUGCCGGAAUUAUUCUGCAUUUAUAUUUUCAACAAAAUGGUCACGCACGUGCUUUCCAGUUUAAUCAUAAACUCCAUGACAAGGAUGUAUCAACCAUCACUUCUCACCGUGUCUACCUGUGCUUGUGGUUAGAUCAAGGAUGUAUCGACCAUAUCGACCAUCACUUCUUACUGGGUCUUAAGAAUUUAAGAACGUCUUUUAAUUUGCGUAGGAGUACCUCAUGACUGACAGUUUUUGAUAUAAACAACGUCUUCUGUACUCAGUGGUUUUUCAGGUACCUACGAUGUGGAACAUUUUAUUAAAUCUCUGAGAUAUGAUGUGAAAGUUGUGGAAAGACUGCCUGAAAUCGAUUCGAAAGGAAGAACUAAGAAGAGAAAGUCCUAUCAGGUAAGAUAUCAUACUAAUUACCUUGAUAUGAUAACAUGAUAUGGUUAGGGCAUGGCAGAGAAUUCUGUACCAACUCUACUAUUCAUUUGACGUUAUGCCUAAAUAUGCUGUAUAUGAUUUCAGAUUCGCCCACCCAGAGACGCUUCCCCUCAUUGGUAUGCAACUGAGGCACUGGAGAAAUUGAAGAAACAUGGGUCUGUUUAUCUUACACCCUUUUCUCAUCGCCUGGCCGAAGAGCUUGGUGAUCCUGAACUGCAAAGGCUGAGAUGCCGAGUUAAUUACCAUGCGCUCAAGUUUAAGACUCACAUUAUGGAACUGAGCAAUGCCAUAGUGAAUAAGCUACGAGCGGAGGGACGUUUCAUGGCAAUUCACCUUCGAUUUGAGCUGGAUAUGCUGGCUUUCGCAGGGUACGAGCUUUUUCCCAUACUCUUGCACUCUGGAAUCGUUCAUUCUCAGGAAGUUUCUGGCAAAUUUUGAAUGACGAACCGUCUCCAGCUUCAAACGUGCUCAUUCCGAAUCUCUUUAUUCUUCAUUUUUGUGUGUUUUUUCUUCUCAAAAACUCGCAGAUGCUUCAAAAUAUUCUCACCUGAGGAACAGAAGAUCCUUGUCAAGUACCGGAAGGAGAAUUUCGCAGACAAAGAACUAGACCACGAGGCCAGGAGAGCCAUGGGAAAGUGCCCAUUAACUCCAGAGGAGGUAUUCUUCUCUACUCUCUCUCUCUCUCUCUGAGCUGAAGGAGUGGUGCAUGAAGUUUUUGACUUUGGAGUAUCCGUAUCCGUAUCCGUCCUUUCCCUGCAGGUGGGUCUCAUCCUGCGGGCCCUGGGGUUCGACAACAACACCAGGAUCUUCCUCGCCGUCGGCGACCUGUUCGGAGGGUACCGCUUCUUGAAGCCGAUGAAGGACCUGUUCCCCCGUAUCGACAACCACAGCUCGGUGAGCGUCAUGCAAGGGAUCGACGAUACCACCAAGGGCCUUCUGGGCUCCGCCGUUGACUACAUGGUCUGCCUCCUCUCCGACAUCUUCCUCCCCACCUACGACGGCCCCAGCAACUUUGCCAACAACCUCAUGGGCCACCGCCUCUACUACGGCUUCCGCACCAUCCUCCGCCCCGACAGGAAGGACCUCGCCCCCAUCUUCAUCGACCGGGAGAGGGGCCGCGCCGCCUACUUCGAGUCCCGGGUCCGGCGGGUCAUGGCCAGCACCAACGUCGGCGGCCCUCGCUGGCGUGUGCCGAAGGAGUCCUUCUACACCAAUCCAUGGCCGGAGUGCUUCUGCCAGACGCCGGCGAGGUACCCCGCCGACGCCUGCCCGGCCGACGACGCGCUGGAGCCGCUGGACGACGGCCUCCUCGGCGAAAACGGCGGCAGAGCGGCGGCGUCCAACCGGACGGAGGUAAAUUCCGGCCCCGACGAUGAAUGA